CUUAAAUAUUGUUCGAAUAAAAAUUAAAAUUUUCUUUAAUAGUACAACAUGGGAAAAGUCAUUAAGAAAACGAGGAAAAUUAACAAAAUUGAUAAAACAAUAGAUAUAGCUGGUAAAAAAACGAUAAUAGAGCAUAUGAAUGAAUGGGAAAAACGUGGAAAAGUUUCCAAAACACCUUUUGCAGACUUAUCUAAAAAAUUGAAAGUUCGGUUUAAUUUUGCACCGAAAGCAAUCUGUGAUUAUUGGUGGAAUAUACUUGACCCACGUAUUGACCAUUCACCUUUUUCUCAGGAAGAAAAAAAUUAUAUUUAUGAAUGGAUUGGAAGGUAUAAAGAAAUGAACGAUGGUAUUAUUCCAUGGACGAACUUACAAUCUGAAAUAUCAAACCUUGGGAAAUUUCGUUCACGAAAUGACCUCAAAAACAUUUGGAACGCUAAGAAAAGACAACUUGAGGUUAAAAACAGUGCUCUGGAAAACUUUGAUAAUGGAGAUGAACUUAAAUAUGGUACAAUCAACGUUGAAAACGUAAUUGAGGAUAAAGGCAUUCAAUCAAUUUUCAAUUCCUUUAGUACCAUUUAUAACGAUGGUUAAAAUAAAAGGAUUUAUUUGACAUACUUAUUUAAAUAUUCAUUUGCUUAUUUUAUUCAUUAUAAUCAUUAUUGUAAUUAUUUGUUAGUAAAUUAUAAAUUAUUUAAUAAAAAUAUAUUCUUCGAAUAAAAAUAAAAUAAACACACAUAUUUCAAAAUAUCCACAUAUUAUUCUUUCAAUAAAAAAUGUAUAACCGGUCUUUGAUAACUAUUCUGUCUUUACAGCUAUUUGCGAAAAUAACGGACCACCUAAUUCAUUUUUCGACUGCGUAUGAAAUUUUCAUACGCAGUCAUACGCAUGGUAAUAUC